CUCUAAUGUUUUUGUCGUUCCUGGGCUAGAGUGGAGCAUGUGCAUUGUGCGGUCUAAGUCCACAGCAUAUUCAUCCAAAACACUUGCACCGAGAGGCCUGCAUCUUUUCGAAAUUUAAAAAAAGGAGUUCAUAUGCAGUUUAUUAAUCAGCUUAACUAUUUUACUUGCAAGUUUGAUACUGACCAUGGCUCACGAAACGUCGAAAUCUGGUGUUUUGUGCAGAUUUUACGUGAAUGGAGUUUGCCGUCAAGGUAGUAGCUGUCAAUUCUCACAUGAUCGUUCAGCUGUCUCUGACAAUGUUUGCCGUUAUUAUCUUCAGGGAUCUUGUUCAUAUGGAGACAGAUGCAGGUACGACCAUGUGCGAAGAAAUUCAUCCAAAAAAGUGUUGUCUAAACAAGACCAAGUGCAGUCUGGGAGAUCAGCUUGGGGGGCAGACACCAAAAAGACUUCACCAGCAAAAUUAUGUAGUAAAGAAAAAAGAAGUGGAAUAGGGCCAUUAGUGGCUGCCCCUAUGCAAAGCAGAAUGGUUUCACUAGGAAAAGACCGAGAACUGAAGCAAGAUGCAGUGAAGCUUCCCACGGGGAAAUCUCCAGAAGACUGGGUCAAAGCCAAAGAGUUUGUACCAGGCCAGGUGUAUGGUGGUACAGGCCCAGUCAGCUAUGCCAUGGCAGCAAAACCACAAAGCAGCAACGCAGAAGAGUUCUGUCUGGAUGCAGAGGUGAUGGGGGCCUGUGCUGAACUACCAUAUGAUGCAGUUUCUGCCUCUGAAGCAAAUGAAACUUCUAAGCUUCUUUGUCCAUUUUUCGCUAAUGGAAUGUGUCGGUUCGGGGACCAGUGCGAUUAUGUGCAUGGAGAAAUCUGUGAUAUGUGUGGUAUGGCUGUUCUUCACCCAACUGAUAGUGCUCAGCGAGACCUUCACCAGAAAGAGUGUGUACAAGAACAUGAGCGGGACAUGGAACUUUCAUUUGCCAUUGCACGAAGUCAAGAUAAAAGCUGUGGUAUAUGCAUGGAAACAGUUAUGGAGAAAAACCCAGCAGCAGAACGUCGCUUUGGCAUCCUUGAAAACUGCAACCAUUGCUUCUGUUUGUCCUGCAUUCGUACUUGGCGAUGUGCCAAGCAGUUUGAGAAAGUUAUUGUCAGGGCAUGUCCAGAGUGUCGAGUGAAAUCCAAUUUUGUGAUACCCAGCCAGUUCUGGGUUGACACCAAGGAAGAAAAAACUCAGCUUAUUGAGAGUUACAAGAAAGCACUUGAGGGCAAACCAUGCCGUUACUUCGACCAGGGCAAGGGAGAGUGCCCUUUUAAUGACAAGUGUUUCUAUCGCCAUGCUUUGCCUGAUGGGACAUUGGUGGAGAGGAAACCGCAAGUUCCACGAAGACGAGUUAAUGCUGAUGGAGAAGUGGAGAUCACAGUGUUUCAUCUGUGGGACUUUCUUGAGAGGGAGAGUUACCGGCGCACCAUACUGCUGCAAAGUUCUGAAGAUGAACUAUACAUGUUAAUGAAUAUCUUUGCCGAUUCAGAUAGUGAAGAAACAAGUGACCAGGAUUUAAGUGAUGAUGAUUGGUAAGUCAUAGUUUCCGGUUGUGUUUAGGUUAGUGCUUGUUCUAUCUGUUGCUGAUAUUGACUGGCUCAUUUAAGAUUAUUUGCUUGGACUGCCAUUACAGUGGAAUCGUGUCUUCUGCAGCUCCUGACUUUUUCUUUUGGUAAGUGAAGAGUACCAAUAAUCUGUGCCAUAAGUACUGAUAGAAAUGCAUGUCUGUAAAUUCUGUGAAAGAAUAGUGAACAUUUGUAAUGUCUGAAUGAGUUGAUUUGAAUAAAUAAAUGUGAUAAGUCUUCAGGUUAUGAGUACACACUUUACCUGCUGUUUUAGCUUCAGUGAUUAGUUCCAAGGCUGUUAGCUCCCUUGUUAAAUCAUGAAGUGUGUAAUAUGUUACCUCGCCAAGACUAUUAAAUUCUUUUGUUAUAACAUUUUGUGUUUGUUUUGAUAACUGAGAAUGCUGCCCAAAGCUGAAAUAACCAUGCAUAUAAUGGAAACAAGCAUGUGGAAGGAUCUUUAAUGUUGAGCAAAUAAAGUUUCCAGUCUAUAUUGCCCUUAUUGGGAUCCCUUAUGAAAUGGCAAAUUGUUGAAUUAAAAAUAUAUCCUGGAGAAUCAGACCAAAAUUUAAAAGGUCCAUGUGUGUGCAUGUGUACAAGUUUUCAAAUCACAAUAUGCAAAAAUUCAUCUGAGAACUGUUUCUAAUACAUUUAUUAGUUUCACAUAUUAAAAUUUAUAAGCAUACAUACUCAAUCAUCAUGGACUCGCACGAUUACAUGUUUUUAUGCUACAUGUAUUAAGUUCUUGCACUAAGUACUUCACCAACAUUCAUGAUCAACAUCUACACAUGGGUUGUGUCCAUGAACAGCUCUAGAAACCCUUUCAUUCACACAUACAAAAAAAAGUACCAAUUCCGAGUCUAUUGUGUUUGAUGUUUCACAAUAUAGUGAAAAUAAAAUGAUCACUGCAGUACUGUCCUAAAGAUUGUCUCCACUGCAUAUGCUUUUAAUUUUGAUGUGCAUGCAGAGCGCUAAUGAUAAGUGAGUCUUUAAGAGGCUGCAAUACUUGCAAGUUUUGCAAUAAAUGUCAGGUCCAAGGCACAUCUUUAUUUCUUGCAUUGUUACAUGCUUCAAAAAAAUGUUAAUCUGGCAGCAUUUUUUAUUUCCAACUGAAAAAAAA